AUGUCAGCUGUGAUAAUGUACAAGAGAUAUGGACGGAGGAUACGAAACAGUGACUGGAUCACACCAAAGCAACUUACGAGAAAGCGAUGGCUGAGGGGUGUGGUGACAAGUGUCGGAGAUGCUGACAAUUUCAGACUCUUUCAUACACCGCCCCUUGGAGGUUAUACAUGGCCUCUAAAGUUUAGGUCUAUACCAUCUCUCUCGAAGGAUCUGAAGGAUGAAACCAUUCACAUUCGCAUAGCCGGUAUUGAUGCUCCAGAGGCUGCGCACUUUGGAAAGCCCGCUCAACCUUACGCCGCCGAGAGCCUGGAAUGGCUACGAAAUAAUAUAUUGGGAAAGUCCGUUUAUUGCCAGGUCCUGCGGAAAGACCAAUAUACACGAAUUGUUGCUCAGGUGUAUUUAUCCCCAAGAAUUCUACCCGGAUUUUUAUUUCACGGAAAGAACGUUUCAGCUGAGAUGCUGAAAGCUGGUUGGGCGGUGACGUAUCAGCAGGCAGGUGCCGAAUAUGGGCAUUUGGGUAAAGAUGGGUUCCUUAGGUUAGAAAAUGAAGCAAAGGCGGCUCGUCGAGGAAUUUGGAAAGGGGGUAAAUCAUUGGAAACUCCAUCGCAGUACAAAAGGCGUCAUGCUGCUGCUACCACCUUGGAAGAAGCUGAAGCAGCCAAACCACGCUCUACGCGACUGGCGCCAAAGAAAGGCUGGCUAAGGUCGCUUUUCACGCGUUCGUAA